GUGGAAGAAAGGGAGGAAGAGGAGGAGGCGGAAAAGGCGGAGGAGGCGUGGAGGGGCUGCCGGGCCGGGACAUGGAGCAGCGCGAGGGGGGCUGAGCGGUUUCCAGGAUGUUGCAGGUCCCGCUGCCGCUGGAUCGGGACGGGAUCCUGUUCCGGCUGCGUUUCACCACGCUGGCCCUGGGGACUGUGUUCUGCCCCCUCUUUGGCUUCCUCUUCUGUGUGAUCUGGUCUCUGCUCUUCAACUUCCGUGAGACGACUGCGACGCACUGUGGGGUGCCCAACUACCUGCCGUCCAUCAGCGCGGCCAUCGGGGGCGAGACCCCGCAGCGCUACGUGUGGCGCCUGUGCAUCGGCCUGCACUCGGCCCCGCGCGUCCUCGUGGCCGUGGCCUACUGGAACCACUACCAGAGCUGCCACUGCCCGCACCCCCGCUACCUGCGCCUGUGCCACAUCACCCUGCUGCUCAACCUGCUCGAGAACUUCGCCCUCCUCAUCCUCACCUACGUGUCCUCCACCGAGAACUAUGUAAUCCACGAAAAUGCCUUCAUCGUGUUCAUCACGUCGGCCCUGGGCCACAUGCUGCUCACCUGCAUCCUCUGGAGAAUGACUAAGAAACACACAGUAAGUCCCGAGGAGCGCAAGUCGUACAAGUGGAAGCAGCUGCUCUUCUUCUCCACCUUCAUCACGUUCGCGUUCGCCGUGUGCGUUUACUUCCACCACAACUGGUACUGCGGCCCUGGAGUGUACACUGUCUUCGCCUUCCUGGAGUACCUGGUUGUCCUCUCCAACAUGGCCUUCCACAUGACUGCCUUCUGGGACUUCGGCAACAAGGAGCUGGUGGUGAGCUCGCUGCUGGAGGACAAGCACUUCUAGCCGGCCCUGCUGCUGGGGGCUCCUGUUCCCUGUCCUGCCGGGCCGGGCUGUGUGCUGUGAGCUGCUGCCAGGAUCAUCCCCAGAGCCCAGGAGUGUCUGUCCCCAGCUGCACCUGCAGCUCUGCUCCGGGGGAGCUGCGGGAUCUUCCCGGGGAGCCCCCGUCCUGCUCCCAACAGCUCCAGGAGGGCAGCACAGGAGGAACAGGGACCUGCUGCCUGCUGCUUUGGAGGAUGCUGCUCUGGUAUCGGGGCACGGGGCCCAGCCCUGCCCGGUCCUUUCUUGGCCUGUGGAGGUCUCACGGUUCCUCCUUCAGGCUGGGUGUCUUGGGGCAAGUCCUCAAAAAGGGCUGGGGCAGGGUCCUGGCCCAUCUGUGCCUGACUUCUCAGGAGGGGAGCAGGAAGGUGCUGGGCUGUGCAGGGAGUGCUCAGAGCAGGGUGGGAGCACACAGGGCAGAGCGGGUGCUGGGAGCAUCCAUGUCUCACUCCUGCCUUUCCCAGAAGCCCCCCAGCAGCACAGGCUGCUCCAGGGGUGCUGUGCCCAUUCCAACCCAGUCUGAGGAGGAAGGGUGAGUGUGCUGGUGCUGGAGGUCUUUGCCCCGUGUCCCCGUGGGUUCCCCUGUGCUGUGGGGCUGGAGCUGGGGUUCAGCAGUGCCCCCAGUGUGCAGCUGUGGCUGCCAGGGCACAGGGGACAUGGCUGGAUGGCAGAUGGCGGCUGCAGUGUCCCUGAGCUCCUCCUGCAAUGCUGCUGGAAGGGGCACCGGGAGCUGUCUUGAUUUUGGGGAGGUCUGCACUUGCCAGGGCUCAUCCCACCCCACGCUUGGCCAGGAAGGACCAGCAUGGGACCCUCACGUGAGCACAGCCACCACCGAGAGUCCCUGGGCAGUCCCAGGGCUGGGCAGAGCCUCCUCCAGCGGGAGCUGCGGGGCCCUGGCAGAGCCGGGGCUGGGCUGGCUUUGAGCAGGUCCUGCCGCACGUGUCCAUCGUCAGUGUCCCCAUCCAUGGGCUCCAUCCGUGUCCCUGCAUGCGUGUGCCGCGCUGCCCCCGCAGCGCCUUGGCUUUGAGGUGGAAAUAAAGCACUAAGUAUUUUUGUGA